AUUACUCUAAAAUAAAAAUGUAAGCAGCUGUAAUGGCGGGAGAUUUGUCUCACUGUUGACAGAAGUCACACGGAACAAAAAGAUACAACAAUGCUUGCUGAAAAAGGCCUCGAGCUAAUUCGUGAACUGCAGCGAUCUGUUGACGGUUCCCUGCCACCAUACAAUGAGGACAAAGCCCGACAAAUCUUGGAGGAAAUGAAGGCUCUAUUCGACCAAAAUCAAAAAGAUGUGAGCGCCACUGUUGCAGGAGAGAGUGGAUUAUUUUCAGGUGUCCAACUUCGCCACUCAGCUUUGGAAAGGAACAAGCGCUGCCUUCUAGCAUACUUGUUCAACAGGAUAGAACAUAUAAAAAAGAUGCGAUGGGAGUUCGGAAGUGUCCUACCUGCAGAUGUAAAAUUCAAUAUGUGCGAACAGGAGGUUCAGUGGUUUGGAAAGUACAAUAAGAUGCUUGCCAGUUAUAUGAGGUCAAUAGGAGGUGAGGGAGGCCUAGAUCUGACGCAGGACCUCAAGCCACCCAAGACACUGUAUAUAGAGGUCCGAUGCCUAAUGGACCAUGGUGAAUUUGAAACACAAGAUGGGAACAUACUGGUGCUAAAGAAAAACAGUCAGCAUUUCCUCCUGCGAUCCGAAUGUGAGCAUUUGAUACGUCAAGGAAUCUUGGAACACAUUGUACAGGGAUGAGCUACACCAACUUGUUCUAGGACUAGUAUAUGUGCCUGUCUAUCAGGAACUGUUCAAUUCUAGUGGGUUCAGUCAAAAACUGCUCGGUUGUGAAGAGGUCCGCGCCAGGUCUAUUAAAGAGCUUUUAUUAGUCUUUGGUAGGUCUGUCAAGAGCAAUGUAAACUUUUGUCUUGAGGUCUAGAUAGAACUGUUAUCAAUCUGAAUAGUUUUGAUAUGGUACAUGUCUACUGGAUAUGUAAUAAGAACGGAGAUAUAAAAUAAUUUCAUUUCUUGCAAAAGCAGACAAUUUAUGUAUCGUUCAUGCAAUCUUUCCAUCAGGAAACUAAAAUGUGAACAUAGCAAUGAGAGGAAUUAUUUUUUCCCUUGUUUUAAAUGCAUGCAUUAACUUUAAAGAGUUAUGUCCCUUUGUUAAGUGUCUUGUGUAAUCUGAUAACAAUCUUAUACAUUACAUUUAUAUAAUCAACUAAUAUUUGUAUUAUGUAUGAGUACAAGUCGCUGAUGGUGGUGCAUCAUGUAUUAUAAAACUUCAGUCUGGUGUAUGUCCCUACUAUAAAGAAUUAUGUCACUUCGUUGAAUGUCGUAUUUAUAUAUUGGCUAAUAUUUUAUUUGCAAGUACCAGUCACUGAUGGUGGUGCCUCAAGUGUUAAACUUCAGUCUGGCGUAUGUCUCCCACUUCAAAGAAUUAUGGCCCUUUGGUUUUCUUUUUUUGAUAAAAAAAAAAUGUGUCCAGAGGUGACCUUAUAAUGUCAAAGGUCAAGAGUGCAAAAUGGUCAAUGUAAUCUUGUCAGGAGCAUUAGUUUUGAAGUUUUAAGGUAUCUUUAAAAGAUACAAAUGUACUUUUAAUACAACCUGAAACAUGCAAAUCAUUUUCUGUUAUUCAUGAAAAAUACAUUGUUGAAAAUCUGAUUGUAUUUCAAUUAACUAAAGGAGCGAAAAGAUUAAAAUGCCUGACCUCUUUCAUAUUGUUUUCUCAGGAUGUCAAUAAUGAAAUACAUUUUGGGGCUGGAACUCUAGGAAGAAAACUUAAUCCUGUGUCUAGAAUAUAUAUACUUAUGGCUGUUGCUAAAUAUCUAAUCAGUGGCUAAUGCUGCUGUAUUUAAGAAUAUUAAAAAUCUUUUAACAUAAUUAUUUAUUGAUGAAUAAAAUGUAUAACAUUC